UUCGGCGCUAGGACCUAGGAGAUGCCACAGAAGCAUUGCAGACAGAACGUUUGGGAGGUGUUGUAGAAGAAAGGCAAAAGAAACCGAGUAAAUGAGAGCACUUUUUGUACAGAUUAUUGAAGGAUUUAUCAGCUAAAUAAAUCGCCGAAACAGCUCAUUGUAAUGGAACGGACACACUAUUGAAAUCCUGUCCAGGCCCAGCCACAGCCAGAGAUGACUGGAGCACAACGCACUGCUGGCCCAGCCACAGCCAGAGAGGACUGGAGCACAAUGUGCUGCUGCCAGUACUCAGAGCAUGUGGGACCAACUGGCAGGUGUCAUUUUCAAUCUCUCCCUGACCGAGUCUGCAGUAACUACAUGUUUCAAUCAGACCACCAUAGUCCCUGUGCCCAAGAAAGCGAAGGUAACCUACCUAAAUGACUACCGCCCCGUAGCACUCAAGUCGGUAGCCAUGAAGUGCUUUGAAAGUCAUGGCUCACAUCAACACCAUCAUCCCGGAAACUCUAGAUCCAAUUUGCAUACGGCUCCAAUAGAUCCACAGAUGAUGCAAUCUCAAUGGCACUCCACACUGGUCUUUCUCACCUGGACAAAAGGAACACCUAUGUGAGAAUGCUGUUCAUUGACUACAGCUCAGUAUGCAACACCAUGGUUCCCUCAAAGCUCAUCACUAAGCUAAGGACUCUGGGAUUAAACACCUCCCUCUGCAACUGGAUCCUGGACUUCCUGACAGGCUGCCCCCAGGUGGUAAGGGUAGGCAACAACACAUCUAUCACGCUGAUCCUCAACAUGGGGGCCCCUCAGGGGUGCGUGCUUAGUCCCCUCCUGUACUCCCUGUUCACCCACGACUGCGUGGCCAAGCACAACUCCAACACCAUCAUUAAGUUUGCUGACGACACAACAGUAGUAGGCCUGAUCACCGACAACGAUGAGACAGCCUAUCGGGAGGAGGUCAGAGACCUGGCUGUGUGGUGCCAGAACAACAACCUCUCCCUCAACGUAAGCAAGACAAAGGAGCUUAUCGUGGACUAUAGGAAAACAAACAAGCCACCAUUAACAUUGAUGGGGCUAUAGUGGAGCGGAUCGAGAGUUUCAAGUUCCUUGGUGUCCAAGGAACUUGAACAACAAACUAUCCUGGUGCAAACUCACCAAGACAGCCGUGAAGAGGGCACGACAACACCUUUUCCCCUUCAGGAGACUGAAAAGAUUUGUCAUGGGUCCUCAGAACCUCAAAAAGUUCUAAAGCUACAUCAUCGAGAGCAUCCUGACUGGUUGCAUCACCGCCUGGUAUGGCAACUGCUCUGCAUCUGACCGCAAGGCACUACAGAGGGUAGUGCGUACGGCCCAGCACAUCACUGGGGUCAAGCUUCCUGACAUCCAGGGCCUAUAUACUAGGCGGUGUCAGAGGAAGGCUCAUAAAAUUGUCAUAGACUCCAGCCACCCUAGUCAUAGACUGUUCUCUCUGCUACCGCAUGGCAAGUGGUACCGGAGCGCCAAGUCUAGGUACAAGAGGAAACUGGUGAAAAGGUGACUACAGGCUCCUGCCCUGGACUGAGUGAAGGACGCUUGGGGAACAGAGCUGUGUCUCUCCCUGUCAGAACCCUGGACACACUACCCUGCCCACCAACAUGACUGAUGUGGCGAUAGUGAAGGAGGGAUGGCUGCACAAAAGAGGAGAGUACAUUAAGACCUGGAGGCCCAGGUAUUUUCUACUCAAGAGUGAUGGUACAUUCAUUGGCUACAAGGAACGACCACAAGAUGUUGACGCGUUUGAAACCCCCUUAAAUAACUUCUCAGUAGCACAGUGCCAGCUGAUGAAGACAGAGAGGCCCAAGCCCAACACAUUCAUCAUCCGCUGCCUGCAGUGGACCACUGUCAUCGAGCGCACCUUCCACGUGGAGACCCCCGAGGAGAGGGAAGAAUGGACGAAAGCCAUUCAGGCUGUAGCAGAUGGCCUACAGAAACAGGAAGAGGAGAUGAUGGACUCCUCCCCAGACCCAAUGGACAUGGAGAUGUACCUGACCAAACCCAGACUCAAAGUGACUAUGGACGACUUUGAAUACCUCAAACUCCUCGGAAAAGGUACUUUUGGCAAAGUGAUCCUGGUGAAGGAGAAGGCCACAGGACGCUACUAUGCCAUGAAAAUCCUGAAGAAGGAAGUGAUCGUAGCGAAAGACGAAGUGGCACACACACUCACAGAAAACCGAGUGCUCCAGAAUUCCAAGCAUCCGUUCUUGACAGGCCUGAAGUACUCCUUCCAGACCCAUGACCGGUUGUGUUUCGUAAUGGAGUAUGCGAACGGCGGAGAGCUGUUCUUCCACCUCUCCCGAGACCGAGUGUUCUCGGAGGAGCGGUCUCGGUUCUACGGGGCGGAGAUAGUGUCAGCGCUGGACUACCUGCAUGCUGAGAGGAACGUGGUCUACAGAGACCUGAAGCUGGAAAAUCUCAUGCUGGACAAAGACGGACACAUAAAGAUCACCGACUUUGGACUGUGUAAGGAGGGGAUCACAGACGGGGCCACCAUGAAGACCUUCUGUGGGACACCAGAGUACCUGGCCCCAGAGGUUCUGGAGGACAAUGAUUACGGUCGGGCGGUGGACUGGUGGGGUCUGGGCGUGGUCAUGUACGAGAUGAUGUGCGGUCGGCUGCCCUUCUACAACCAGGACCACGAGAAGCUGUUUGAGCUCAUCCUCAUGGAGGACAUCCGUUUCCCACGUACCCUCGGUCACGAGGGCAGGUCCUUGCUCUCCGGCCUGCUCAAGAAGGACCCCAAGCAGCGGUUAGGUGGAGGACAGGAUGAUGCUAAGGAGAUUAUGCAGCACAAAUUCUUUGCUGGGAUUGAAUGGCAAGAUGUUUAUGAGAAAAAGCUGGUCCCGCCCUUCAAGCCCCAGGUUACCUCGGAAACAGAUACACGGUAUUUUGACGAGGAGUUCACAGCACAGACCAUCACUAUUACACCGCCCGGACAAGAAGACAGCAUGGAGUCGUUUGACAGCGAACGGAGACCCCACUUCCCACAGUUUUCCUACUCUGCGAGUGGAACAGCCUAAACACACCCCUUUAUUCCUCUGGUCCCACCAUUUCCCCUCACCCCAGCAGACUGCACAUCCAACUACCGGGGUUUUCGCCACAUCCUUUCCUUACUUCACCAGUGUUUCAGAUAGUAUUGUUGAACAGACAUUUGCAAUCUGCAGGUUCGGUAAUUAUAUGGGAAAAAUACUCCAUACUACACAAAUGAAAAACCACUGAUUUGUUUCUGUGGCCUUUUAAGACUUUUCUAAUGGUGAGAGAGAACACUACAGUGCAUUUCCAGCUUGUCUUGAUGUGUGCAGUCAGACAAGCUUGAUGUUCAUAAAACCUAAUUUAUAGGAAAAGAGUAGUCAUGCAGCGAUGUGGUAUAUGAAUUUAGAAUGAUAAGGCUACACGUUCUUAAACUUUUGUCUUGCUUUUGUCAGCACCUGUUAUAUUUGUCACAUACUAUUCACAAAGUGAACGUUUGCCAUCGAAAAUGUUACGGGACCAUAAGGACUAUAUUGGAAUUAGCCAUUUAAAAUUGAAAUAUAUUUUGCUGUUCUUUGUUUAAAGGGGCGAUCUGCAGUUGUUACAUACAUUUUUUUGGACUCAUGAAUAAAUUAUAUGUACCCAUUGAUUCUUGAAGAAUAUAUCUUAUGAAUGCCUAAUGAACUUAGUUGAACUGUCAUACCCUAUCACAACCCAAAAUAUAAGAUAAUUUACCUCUAAAGUUUGUAAACAAACACUAUAUAGCCUCACACUAUGGUUAAAAUGAUCAUUUUGGAUAUUAUGGCAUCCAUAGCUCUGUCUAUGAAUUUUAGUGGUUCCAUUUCUCCAACCCAUCCCUCAGCUUUUUACAUAAACAGGGAUGGGGAGAACACUUUGUUUCAACUGCUGAUUUCCACUUUAAUACCAAUAAAUAUUGUGGCCCAACGGCAAUAACAAUAGAUGACCAAUGACUUUGUUUUCAAUGAAGUGGGAGAUUAGUCUGAUAUCGAUUUUUUUUAUCAAGACUUUCACACUAUCACUAUUUGACCAACACUUUGAAUCUCCUUGGGCUGCCAGUAUACCUAAUCAAUAAAAUGUAUUAUUCUGUAUAUCUAACUGUUAGUAGAACAUGGUCGAUUCUUAUAGGACUUCCAAUUCUCAAAAAACAUUCUUAUCAGAAUUUUAAAGCCCUAAAACAUUAGAGAACAAGGUGAGAAUUAUCCAAUGGACCACUGUCAGUCUAAUAGAGAAAUUAUGUAAUAGAGUGGCAGAAAGGAGAUUCGCAGAUAUUUAAAUAACGCUUAUUCUGGGGGCAGGCAUAAUCUAAAUAGAUUAAAGCUUGCUGUCAAUGAAUGUCAGAACUGUGUACACAUGGUCAAUUAGAUAUCCAUUUCCUGUGGUCCCAUUGAAAAGACAGAGUUACUCUAACCACCCUGGACUAUCAUGUGCUUGGAUCGUGGUGCCUCCCUGUCUGAAUGUUGUAUUCCAAACACUCUAGGCUGCUUCCCUCUGAACUUGCCAGGUACUGAUCCUUUCUGCCUAAUCAGGGAAUCUUUUCUCUCUUCUGGAUUUUCCUCUUCUACAGUAUUGGAUGUUUUUCUCCCAGUGUACUCACUGCAGCCUCAAUGAGGUCACUAUAACAAUAUAGUCCUGUAGGACUUACUCCAUAAACAAACUGGGCUGUGGUUCAGGGGGAAACAAGUUGAGUCAGCUUUGAUCUCUAUAGGUAGGGAUGUGUUCCAUUUCUCUGUACAUGGCUCUGAGUUGUUAUUUAUAGAAAACCAGCAAUGAAAAUGGAUUUGACUGUGCCAAUGAUAUGCACUUUCCUGCCCCAUUUUAUACCUUUACUUUUUAAAACUUUUUUUGUACCUCCUCUUUCCUAUUCCCGAGACUGAGGACACCAGCUGUAGUAAAUAAAUGAUAUCCACUUUGUACACUGUUUUUACUGUUUUGUUUUUUCUUUCAAAUUGAUUAAAUAAAAGGUCUUAACUAAACCUG